AUGGCACUACAUCACCUCGCCCCAGAACUUCUCGUCCGCAUUUUCGAAUCCCUCUCCUCCGUGUCCGAUAUUAUCAGCCUGUCGCUGACCUGUCACUAUUUCUACGACGUCCUCCCCAAAUCGCAAAAGCUGGCACUCUUCUUCACCACAAUAGAUGAAACAGACGGACCAGUCGAAGAUAUCAUACAACUCUUGACCCAGAACAACAAUCAAAUGCUGCAUACUCGGCGAUCCCCGCCUCUAUCUUUUGCCUUGCUCUCGCAAGUCACGGCUGUUGCUCGCGUGGCACAGCGCUACCUCGAUCUGUUCCCCGGCUUCAAGUGGCUGGAAGCUGACAGCGUCAACCGCCGAGUCUUAGACCGCCGCGAAGCUCGUCGACUACGUCGAGCGGUCUAUCGGCUGUGGAGCUAUGCCAAAGCCUUUCACCAAUUUCCUUAUCGCACCACACGCACCGACGCAACAGCCACCGCCGAGCGACUGCAGCUUCUGCGGACCUGGUCGAACGACGAACUCUUUGAGCUGGAGGAUUUCCGCGGUUUUCUCGAACAAUUGCUUGCCACUGAAAUCUGCCCUACCGACGGAGAGGUGUAUUCGCGGAUUCCCGAAGAUGCACAAAAGUUCCAUCUGUCGCUACAGUACCCUUUCCUUCGUCCCGUCUCAUCCAUUCCACAAGCAUACGACGAUCUUUUCCACAGUUCCCGUAACUCGGAUUGUGAUUUGCACAAGCCGACUGUCCAGGAACUUCGGAUCAGGCAUAUGCAAGGAUGGGGUAGUGACCUGCAGAAUUUCUAUCUGAUCCAGUCGUUCUUGAAAUUCACACCGGCGCAGAUUUUGUGGCUGUUCGACAAUGCAGUGUGUCGCGCGGACGUGGAACGGUUCAUCGAGCAACAGACCCACGAUCCGUGCUUCUUUGACAGUGGAUCCAUGUUUUUCCAAGACUGGGUCACAGUAUUGCAUACACGAGGCGUCGAUGUGCAACAAGCACGCGAAGCCAUCUGGCAGGAGAAGGCGGGGGUCGUAGUCACUGCAAGCGACCUCUGA